AUGUCUCCCCCCGUAGCUACCGACGCUUCCUUCUCGCACACCUCAAACGGCGUGGUUUCGUCCACAGCUGUCGAUCCUUCCGGCACGGUUCUCGUCAUUGGCUCCAUGACCUCUGCUCAGAGCGGCGCAUACCAAAAGGCGGUCGAGGCCUACUCGGGCCGUCAAGUGGAAAUGCACAUGGUAGACCGUCUCACGGACGGCGCCACAUCGCUCAGUCCCAGCACAUACCCGCUUGCCCACCUGGCUGUGCACUAUGCCGAUGCCUCGUCGCCAGUAUUGCUCUCGAGCCUGCACUCGGCUCUGCAGCCGAAUGGCAAGAUCGUUAUCGAAGCAGGCGAGCUUGUCGAUGCCACUACUGCUCAAAGGGUCAAAGCCGAGCUGACGAUUGCUGGCUUCACCAACGUUCAGUCUGAUGUGGCUACGGGUGUCGUCACUGCGUCCAAGCCCACAUCCGCUUCCGCCUCUUUUUCGAUCGGAUCCUCUUCCGGCACAAGUUCGGCGCUUCCGCUGCGAAGGAAGCUCGGCGGAGGUGCCGGCGCCUCGGCCAGCGCCAAGAAGUCGCUCUGGGCCACCCAACCCGCCUCGGCCAACGACCUGAUCGACCAAUCCUCUCUGCUGCGCGACGCCGAUUUCAUCGCCUCCACCGCCGUCAAGCGUCCCGACUGCGACGUGGCCACGGGCCAGAGCAAGAAGAAAAAGGCAUGCAAAGGGUGCACCUGCGGUCUGCGCGAGCUGCAGGAGGAGGAGGAACGCACUACAAAUGCCAAUGUGGUUCAGCUGGAUACCGAGGACAUGGACAUGCCUGGAGCCGAGCCGUCCGAGGGUGGGAAGAGGACAGAGGUGACGGAGACUAUCAUCGGCAAAGAUGGCAAGCCAAAGACGAUCAAGCGGAUUCAGGUGGAUACCAAGGGCGCUACGAGCUCGUGUGGAAGCUGUUUCCUCGGCGACGCGUUCCGGUGUUCCAGCUGUCCCUAUCUGGGACUGCCUGCGUUCGAGCCGGGCCAGAAGGUCGAGAUUCCUGUGGGCAUGGACGACGACAUCUGA